AGUCAUCUCACACCUAUCAAUGCAAAAUUGAGAUUGAGAGAUAAGAGAAAGAGAAGCCAUGGCAGCUAAAAUCACUUCAAGCUCAUUCAAUGUUCUAGCCUCGCUUCUUACUUUGCUUCUAUGCAUAUCAACAGAUGUGCAGCUUUCCUUGGCAGAUACCACCAGCAAAACCUACACAAAUUACCUGCAGACAGCUUGCAAUUCUACCACAUAUCCACAACUUUGCUUCAAUUCCCUCUCUUCUUACACCUCUACCAUCAAAACCAAUGACCUCAAACUAUGCAGAACAGCGUUAACUGUGACCCUGAAAGCUGCUAGAAACACAUCAUCCUUAGUAAAGGCUCUAUCAAAGCAAAAGGGCUUAAGCAAGACUGAAGCUGAUAUUAUUAAAGAUUGCAUUGAGGUAAUCGGAGACUCCAUCGAUGAGCUCAACCAGUCUUUGAAGGCCUUAGGCAGCCUAAAAGGUUCCGAUAUUGAAUUUCAGAUUGCUAAUAUAAAGACAUGGAUAAGUGCCGCGAUAACGGAUGAGGAUACCUGCACAGAAGGAUUUGAAGAGAGGAAUAUAACUGAUGAAGUGAUGAUCAAGAUCAGGAAGAGUAUAGUGAAUGUUACCAGGCUGACAAGCAAUGCGUUGGCACUUAUCAAUAUACUAAGUUACUAGCUGCUACUUCUUUUUUCCCCCUUUCUUCUUAUAUAUGUUGAACAAUUAUAUAUUUGUAUACACAGGUUCUUCAAUUCUGAUGCACUGUUACACGUACCGAAAUGUUUCUUAUAUGAUAUAAUCACCUUUUAAUUUUAA